AUGAGACCUGCUCUGUUGAUCUUCAUUUUUCUUCAUCCGGGAGAGUGCGUGUCCCCGGGGGCGAUAGCUGGAGGCAAAACGCUUUAUUCUCUUUAUCAAGUCAUACAAGAAUCGAGAAAACUUUUUGCUGGAAAGAACUGCGAUAAAAGUAAUAUUGACUAUGAGACAAAGCUCAUUGAGUAUCAAUUCUCCGACUUCAUAAAAAAACAAAAGGCUUGCGAAGAUAAAUAUGGCGCAACAAUAUGCACAUGUCAGUCUUUCGACCAUAUUGUUCGGUCAUUAGCAGCAGACAUAAACAAUGACUAUCAAGAGAAAUGCUCAUUUACAUGGAUUAGACAACAUGGCACAUAUUCGGGCUAUUGGUGGCUGAAAAUGAGAAACCCCGGUGCUUGUUAUCAAAGUCGCCUUGAAGAAAGAAAUGAGAAUGUACUUAUUAAUGGUCAGUUUCCGCAUACGUACUAUCGAUGGGCAGCGAUAAAAAAUGAUGGAAGAGUUGUUUACUUGCCGAGCACACGUUCUGUGGGUAUGUUCACUUCGAGCAGCGAAUUAUGGACCAAACGAUCAUAUGUUCCUUGUAUGCCAAAUUGCGAGAAAUGCCCGCCAAAAAUCCAAAGAAUCAAACAGAAAAUGAGAGAUGCCAACACUGCUAUUUUAUCUUGCUUCUCGAACCUUAAACCAUAUGACUAA